AAGCUAAUUUGAUCUGCAGCCUGCACUUCAGGUGCUAAAGCGAAAUAUUCUUUUUACAUGGCGUGACGUAGUUAAAACACAUAGAUCAACACUUAGUAUUAGAGUAAGCUAAAUGAAGAUGGCCAACAUAUCAACAAUAAACUGGCUGUUUGUGUGCGGCCUGUCCUUUUGUCUUGGAGGCAUUGCGGUGCUCAGUUUUAUGCCGCUCAGCUCAGAUUGCAUAUGCCCGCUUAAGAACCCGUUAAGUAGCUUUAGUGGAGGCGAGCAGCUGAGCAAGAAUAUAAUCAGCCCUCAAUCAGGGCAUAAAAUGGCCAUUUUGGUGCCAUUUCGUGACCGGUUCGAAGAGUUACUUCAAUUCGUGCCGCAUUUGACAAAGUUUUUACGUAAACAGGGCGUGGAGCACCAUAUAUUUGUACUGAAUCAAGUGGACAGAUUCCGAUUCAAUAGAGCUUCACUUAUCAAUGUUGGAUUUCAUUUCACUAGCGAUGUCUACGACUAUAUUGCCAUGCAUGAUGUGGAUUUACUGCCACUCAACCAAGACUUAUUAUAUGAGUACCCCAGUAGCUUGGGGCCGCUGCAUAUCGCCGGGCCCAAAUUGCAUCCAAAAUACCACUACGACAACUUUGUUGGUGGCAUUCUGUUAGUGCGUCGUGAGCACUUUACUCAAAUGAACGGAAUGUCUAACCAAUACUGGGGCUGGGGAUUAGAGGACGACGAAUUUUUUGUGCGAAUUCGGGACGCUGGCUUGCAGGUCACGCGCCCCCAAAACAUUAAGACUGGCGUCAAUGAUACUUUUAGGCAUAUACACAAUCGCCACCAUCGCAAACGGGACACACAAAAGUGCUUUAACCAAAAGGAGAUGACACGAAAGAGGGAUCACAACACGGGUCUGAAUAAUGUCAACUACAAAAUCCUUAAGGUACAUGAUAUGUCGAUCGAUGGGAUAAACAUAACAGUUCUUAAUAUAUUACUUGAUUGUGAUGUAAAUAAAACGCCUUGGUGCGACUGCUCCGGGACAGCAGCAGCUGCUUCCGUCGUACAAACUUAGUUAUAAAUA